CUCCCAGCAUGUCCGGACAGCCAACGGCUGUCCGGGCAUGCUGGGAAUUGUAGUUUUGCAACAUCUGGGGGGCCACAGUUUGAAGACCACUGGUAUAGGAGAUAAGAUGUUUUUUACCGGAGUACCCCUUUAAGAAGGAAUAGCAAUGAGAUGAAUAUCUCAUAAACCACUGCACUGAUUUUCACCUGGUAAGAAGUGUUAGAUACAAGGUCACCUGCACUAUCUACCCGUAUAUUCACUUUGGUGAGGGGGACCCUGUUGUCAGUAUCCCUAUAAAGGGGUUUCCCAUCUAGCAAAGUUAUUCCCUAUUCACAGGACUUGACUUGGCUAACCUUGGCAAUUCCCAUAAGAAAAUGUCUGGUUGUGUGGUACAGGAGCGACUCCCUCUCUGGCCCCUGUUCUAAAGAUCAUGGGGGCCCUAGAGUCCGAGGCCUCACUGUUAGAUAGUUUUCUCCUAUCCACAGGAUAAUGGAUAACUUUGCAAGAUGGGAAAACCGCUUUGACAAUGUGCGUCUGUAAGAGAAACAUAAAUUAUAUUUGUAAUAACAACUAAAGAACCGUGUUUAAUUGAUUUGCUCGAUGUUAGUUUUAUUGAUCUACUUUUGCAUUUUAUAUCUUGAAACAAAAACUAAAAAAGACAUUGAUUGUAGCCAAAUAAAAAAGGCGCUUUACCAAAUGUCUGCUGAUUGUUUUCUGUUUAUUCUUUUAGUUUGUGUGGCACAGGAGAUUUAGACUUCAGCCAUCUUAUUCAGAUAAAUCUCUGCCAUGUAAGGGCCUGUUCACACUACAGAAUUUCCACAAGGAUUACAUUUACUAUACCAACCUCCGAAAUUGACACUUAAUGUCCGUGACAAUUUUCCAUGUACAGGAAGUGCCAUCCUAUUUACUACACUGUAGUGCCGGGACUUCCCAGGCGGAAACUGCCAGACUAAAGAUGUUCAUGGAACUUCCGUAGUGUUAACAGAGCAGCAGAAACCCAUUGAGUUAAAUGGAAUACUGCUGCAAGUGGAAAUUGUGUGUGAACAUACCCUAAUAGCUCCACAUUCCCAGCUUCAGCCAGUCAGAUAUAUUUCCUAUGUUGUGGCCAUUCUGAUGGUUGUUGUGGCUCCAAUGUGAAAUCACUAUGACAUAUUGCAUUAAACUGGGUACUCCGCUGCUCAGUGUUUGGAACAAACUGUUCCGAACGCUGGAGACGGCACGGGAGCUCCUGAUGUCAUAGCCCCGCCCCCUCAUGAUGUCAUGCCCGCCCCUCAAUGCAAGUCUAUGGGAGGGGCAUGACGGCUUUCACGCCCCCUCCCAUAGACUUGUAUUGAGGGGGCAGGGCUAUGACGUCACAAGCUCCCGGCUCCAGCGUUCGGAACAGUUUGUUACAAACGCUGAGCAGCGGAGUGCCCCUUUAAACCGUAUACAGUUAUAGGCUGUGUUCACACUACCGUCUAAGGCUCAGUCUUUAGUUCCAUCAGGUUUCUCACAAGGAGAAGGAGCAGAAUGUUGCACUAUUUCUAACGGCCAAUUGGGUCAAUCGUUCGACUGGUCAAAGACUGACGUCACGGUAAGUUAUUUAACAGAAGCAAUGACCAUGGUGUGAACAGAGCCUGAGACCGCCCAAAAUUGUGAAAAAUUGUCAUCUGAGGGAGGGGAUGAUGCUCUCAAAGAGGAGGCUAAAUGUACACAGAAGGUUGUAAAAUGAAAACCUUUUCACAUAAAAAUCUGUCUACAUGAAAAUUGUCUUUCACUGUUUGAUGUACUGAACCUACACAUUAAAUCUGUAGUUAAUGGUUUUAUCUGUUGUUUAGACUUUUCAUGAGAGGUAGCCAGAAAUAGGCAUAAGGCUCAUAUAUACAGCCAAGUCGUUUUGCGGUACGUUCUCCAUUCACGGAAUACAGGAGCCAUAAAGUGUCAUACAGGGAACUUUUCAGUAUCUGCCAUUCAAAUGGCAAAGUGGCUUCUGCGGAACGGAAAAAGUUUCAGGGAGAUACCAGAAGCAAGUAAACAAGCCUGAUUGUAGAACGGCAACAGCAUCCAGAAUUAUAACCUGUGCAUCACAAAACGAAAGGUGGAGAAGGGCGGAGUGGAAUAGUUAUAUUUCUUGUCAGCCUCUAUGUCAUACUUGUCACAUCUAUUUAUCUUUCUGAAUAAGAAACACUCGGAGAUCUUAUUCCAUUGCCACAAACUGUUCCUAGGUCCAGUAUCUUGUAUACACUGUUUUUGUAGCAUUAACCUUGGAAUUACUUUGCUGCAUAGAAAUGGCAGCCUCAUCUACACCAACAAAGGUCUUUAAUGAUCCCGUCCAUGGACAUAUUGAAUUGCAUCCCUUGUUAGUCCGCAUUAUAGACACCCCACAAUUCCAACGACUGCGAUAUAUUAAACAGCUAGGUGGCACAUAUUAUGUUUAUCCAGGAGCCUGCCACAACCGAUUUGAGCACUCCAUUGGUGUGGCUCACCUGGCAGGAUGCCUUGUACAGGAGUUACGGAAGAGGCAGCCGGAACUGGAGAUAAGCGAUGAAGAUGUUCUCUGUGUCCAGAUUGCAGGACUGUGCCAUGACCUGGGUCAUGGACCAUUUUCUCAUUUGUUCGAUGGAAUGUUUAUGCCAAAAGCAGAUCCAGACAAAAAGUUUAAGCAUGAGGACAUGUCUGCAAAAAUGCUUGAUCAUCUUAUUAGAUCCAAUAAAGGAUUAGAGGAUGACGUAUUAAUGGAUGAAAUAAUAAAAAAAUAUCACUUGGACCCUGAAAAUGAUUUAGCAUUUAUCAGGGAGAUGAUAACUGGAGUUCCUGAAGGCGAAGCAAAUGCCAAGUGGCCUUAUAAAGGACGUGGUGAAAAGAAAAGAUUUCUUUAUCAGAUUGUGUCCAACAAAGAAAGCGGCAUUGAUGUGGAUAAAAUGGAUUACUUUGCCAGAGAUUGUCUUCAUCUGGGUAUGCAAAACAACUUUGAUCAUAAACGAUUUCUUGCAUUUACCAGAGUCUGUAAUACUGCUGCUGAUGGUACUGCUGAAGAGUGGCAAAUAUGUGUCAGAGACAAGGAAGUCUGGAAUAUGUAUGAUUUGUUCUACACACGGUUCAGUCUGCAUCAACGGGCAUACCAGCAUAGAGUUGGCAACGUCAUUGAAAUAAUGAUUACAGAUGCACUCUUGAAAGCUGAUUGGAAUCGUUCAAUCUCUGGCUCAGUGGAUAAGGUAGAAGACUAUACCAAACUCACAGAUAACAUCUAUCAGGAGAUUCUACACAGCAAAAAAACUAAAAAUGCAGAAGCCAGAAAGAUACUGGAGAGAAUAGAAAGUAGAGACCUGUAUGAGCUUGUAGGACAGACAAAGCCAACUGCAGAACAAGAUAAAUGGAUUAAGAUGGGGAAUCAUGAAGAAGAAAUUGCGAAUUCCACAGAUGGAGCUUUGCCACAAUUUACAAAAGAACAUUUCAGAGUGGAUAUCGUAAACAUGGAUUAUGGAAAGAAAGGGGAGAAUCCGGUAGAAAAUGUGUGGUUUUACCGGAAGAAUAAUAAUAGAAAAGCUGUAAAAAUCUCAAAAGAUGAGGUUUCAUGCAUUCUCCCCGAGAAAUUUAAACAGCAGAUCAUCCGUGUCUACUGUACUAAAUAUAAGAGCUGGAGAGCUGCGAGACGGUGUUUUGAGAAGUGGUGUGUGAAGAAAAGGUUAAUGUAUCAG